AUGGCGACAGGUCUGUUCGCCUCGUUGCCCAAACCGAAAUAUACGGGCGAGCAUGAAGAGGUGCCGCUCCACGCUCAACCGAAAGGGCCUCGCAUCGUGGGACCCGGCGUGAUCGAUGAGUCCCAGAUUGUUUUGAAGCGCUCGGGACCACCCCCUUACGGCCAACGAUCAGGAUGGCGACCCCGCUCCGCAGAAGACUUCGGCGACGGCGGUGCGUUUCCCGAAAUCCCCGUGGCACAGUAUCCGCUCGACAUGGGCCGCAAGGGGACGGCGUCGACGUCGAAUGCGCUGGCCCUCCAGGUCGACGCCGAAGGAAAAGUGAAAUACGAUGCCAUUGCGAGACAGGGCCACGGCGAGGGCCGGAUCAUACAUUCCAGUUUCAAGGAUUUGAUCCCGCUGCGACAGAGGGCAGACGCGGGCGAUUUGAGCCUCGACCGGCCGUCGGCAGAGGAGGCGCAGGCCACGGCCGAAAGGACCAAGCUGGCCUUGGAGAAACUCGUGUCCGGUGCCGUCGCGGCGCAGAAGCCCAAGAAUGUAAAGGGUGUGAACCGGGAAGAGCCGACCUACGUCCGAUACACGCCGGCGAACCAGAUGGGGGACAACUCGAAGAAGAACGAUCGGAUAUUCAAGAUUGUUAAAAGACAGGAGGAUCCCAUGGAGCCUCCGAAAUUCAAGCACAAAAAGAUACCCCGGGGACCACCGUCUCCGCCGCCGCCGGUCAUGCACUCACCGCCGCGGAAAUUGACGGCCGAAGACCAGGAGGCGUGGAGGAUACCACCGCCGGUCUCGAAUUGGAAGAAUCCAAAGGGUUAUACGGUCCCUCUGGAUAAGCGAUUGGCAGCAGAUGGACGAGGACUACAAGAUGUCACGAUCAACGACAAAUUCGCCCAGUUUGCGGAAGCACUCUUCACGGCCGAUCGGCAUGCGCGAGAGGAGGUCCGGCUCCGCGCCCAGAUGCAGCAGAAAUUGGCGGAGAAGGAGAAGCUUGCGAAGGAGGAGCAUUUGCGGGAGAUGGCGAAGAAAGCGAGGGAAGAGCGACAGCGUGCAGCAGGAACACACACACGGCGGUCACGGUCACGGUCAGGAUCCUACUCGGGUUCAUCAUAUGAUUCGCAAAGUGGCAGCGAGGACGAUGCGGCCCGCGAACGAGAACGGGCCCGACGAGAGCGCAGACAAGAGAACGAACGACAACUCCGGCAGUCCAGAAUGGGUGCCGAAAAGAGAAUCCAGAUGAUGGCAAGAGAGCAGAAUCGGGAUAUCUCCGAGAAAGUAGCCCUGGGAUUGGCGAAACCGACGCAGAAUCAAGAGACCAUGUACGACUCGCGGUUGUUCAACCAGACCUCUGGGUUUGACUCGGGUUUCAACGAGGACCAACAUUACGACAAACCGCUCUUUGCCGCACACGAUGCGAUCAACAGCAUUUAUCGACCUUCGGCGGGCACCCAGGACGACGAAGAAUAUGGAGAGGACGCGGCGGAGAGCGCGAUGGGUAAAAUCAACAAAUCCAACCGGUUCGAAGUUCUGGGCAAGGCCAAGGAAGGCUUCAAGGGCGCCGAUGUGGCCGAACGCGAGGCUGGGCCCGUUCAGUUCGAGAAAGACAAGGACGAUCCCUUUGGUAUUGACAGUCUCAUUGGAGAGGCGUCGGCCCGAGCAGGUAGCGAAGGGAAGAAGAGAUAUGGCCUCGAGCAGGCUGAAGACAGGGACCGGGAGGAGAGAGAACGGCAAAGGAAGCGGGCGAGGGUCGAUGAUGACUAG